AUCUUCAAACGUCAUCAAAUUCUUUGUCAGCUGUGUGGGUGUGCAAGUGAUUGGUUUCCAUUAAAUGAUUUGUAGCAUUUAUUGCUGAAAUUAUGAACAAAAAGUUAAGUUUUUUGUUAAAAGUAGACUUGAUUUCAUAAGUAAAAGCAUAUUUGUGUAAAAUUCAUAAGUUUUACUUUUGUAUCUUUGGAAAAUAACGUAGAAAUGAUUCUGAACUGUCGGAGUCUAGCUAUCAGUUGCUUCAUACUGUUAGCCUUGCUUAGUAAGGAAGGUGGAGCCAAGACUAAAUCUAAAAAUGCAGUUGUAGAUGAUAUAACCGAAUUCAAGGAUUUUAAAAAGCUCAUACGCACAAAAACCAAUGUUUUAGUGAUGUUUGUUGCCGGUGUAAAGGAAGCACCUGUUGAGUUAAAGGUAUUUCGUGAAUCAGCGGAUGUUGUACGUGGAACAGGGACUAUGGUAUUAAUUGACUGCAUACAAAAUGAUCGCAAAAAACUUUGCAAAAAAUUAAAAGUUACGCCCAAUCCAUACGCAUUCAAACAUUAUAAGGAUGGUGAUUUUCAUAAAGAUUACGACCGUCAAGUUAGUGUUUCAUCCAUGGUUAAUUUCAUGAGAGACCCGGCGGGAGACUUGCCGUGGGAAGAAGAUCCUGCAGGCAGCGACGUACUACAUUUUGCCGACUACACAUCUUUUCAACGACACUUACGUAAAGAUAUGCGACCAAUGCUGAUAAUGUUCUACGUACCUUGGUGUGGCUUCUGUAAGAGACUCAAGCCUGACUAUUCCAAAGCCGCUACAGAGCUAAGUGGUAAAAAUUAUGUGAUUGCUGCAAUGGAUGUAGAACGUGUGGAAAAUGCGCCAGCACGACGUGCUUAUAACAUAACAGGUUUUCCAACAAUACUUUAUUUCGAGCGUGGCCAAGUAAAACGGACGUAUGAAGGCGAAAAUAACAAAGACGGCAUUGUUGCAUUUAUGCUAGAUCCCAAUGCUGCGCCGGUGCAAAAGGAGAAAGAAUCAGAUUGGUCAGCUGAUCCAAAUUCCGAAAUUGUACAUUUGACAAAUCAAGGCUUUGAACCGGCAUUGAAAGAUGAGAAGUCGGUAUUGGUUAUGUUUUAUGCGCCAUGGUGUGGACAUUGCAAGCGCAUGAAGCCCGAAUAUGAAAAGGCAGCCGUUACUAUGAAAGAGCGAAAAAUACCUGGCGUAUUAGCGGCAUUAGAUGCAACUAAAGAAAAGGAAAUAGCCGAUCAAUUUAAAGUGCGCGGUUAUCCAACAUUAAAAUAUUUUGUUAAUGGUGUAUUCAAAUUCGAUGUGAAUGUGCGGGAUGCAGCUAAAAUAAUUGAAUUCAUGCGUGAUCCGAAAGAACCACCACCACCACCACCGCCAGAGAAACCAUGGGAAGACGAAGAAGACACUGAAGUUAUAUUUUUGAACGAAGACAAUUUUAACACACUUUUGAAACGUAAAAAGCAUUCGCUCGUUAUGUUCUACGCGCCCUGGUGCGGCCACUGCAAGAAAACUAAGCCGGAAUUUAGUGCAGCAGCAGAGGCGUUGAAAGAUGAUCCACGCGUGGUAUUUGCCGCUGUGGAUUGUACCAAACAUCAAAGCCUUUGCCAGUCACAUGGUGUUAACGGUUAUCCCACAAUUAUUUACUUUUCAUACCUUAAAACGAAAGCUGAUUACAGUGGUGGACGUAGUAGCAAAGACUUUAUUUCUUAUAUGACCAAUCCGAAUCUCAGCGCCACCGAGCCUGUGUAUUCGAAACACAAAUUAGAUGAGCUGUAAUAUAAGCAACUGUAUAAUUCUAAUUAAAUAUUAAUGAAGUAGACAAAUACUCGUCCCAACAAAUACCCAACGAAAAUGAUCAAGUGAAUCUACAUUAAUUUUUUUAUAUUCUCAUAAUUAAGUUUAAAUGUAUUUUCUUUAUAUAUAAUAUUUUUUUAAGUUCUGCUCUAAAAAAGUGUGAUUGAACUGAAAGUGCUCUCGAAUUUUGAUAUAAAUAAAUGUUUUACUCAACGUAAUAAUAUUAAUAAAAAUAUGAAUUGAUUCUAAACCAACUAUUGAAUUGUUAUUUUAAUUAGUUUGAUAUUUUGCUUAAAACAUUUAAAUAAUAACUCCAUUUAGUGGUAGCGAGUAUAGGAAUGAUUUCCAAUAGGUGUGCGGAUUAAAUUUACACCGAUAGGCAGG